UCACCCUGUAAACAUGGUCGCCCCCAGCGUUCAACAGUGUCGUUAGCUAGCUAAAUACAUUUGAAAACAUCCGAGUUUAUUAUUUUCCACUUAAUCACGCCUCUUGAAAAUGGAUAAACCAACGUUCCAGUCUACGUCGGGAGGACGGCAGCACCCCGUUUCUAACACUGGAGGUCUCGAUACGUUUUACCUUAGAGGGGGACCUCCAUAUCUCGGACCGCCGCCGAUACAACCACCACCAGUAUGUGAAACAUCGUUUCAAAGUAACAUGCCGAGUUCAAGUAACGUUGCUGGAGCGUUUUGGCCCGGUCAAAACGCUUCCCAAUAUCUUCCUCCACCACAACAAGCCCCAGUUAGCGACCAGAGAUUCCCUCAAAGUCAAGAGUGGACUCCACCUCCACCCGUGUCAGGAUAUGGCAGUCAACCAUAUGGUUUCAGACCCCCCUUUCCACAACCACCGCCUAGAUUUGAAGGCUACGGACCACCUCAUAUGUCGUCCCCUGGAUAUGGUUUUGAUCCGUCGAUACCGCCGCCGCCCCUCAACAACCCGGCACUUAGUCAGUUCCCUCCCAUGUCUUCACAACCAGUUCCCUUCCACAGUCAUCCAAAGCUGGAACCCAACACACAUGAGGGGAGACCACCAAACGCAUGGGCUCAGGGCUACAAUGUGGGUGAUGCUCAAUCGAACAUGGGAACUUCCGAUUUCCAAAGAUCAUUUGAUCACAAUCCAGCAUACCCUAUCCCCGGUCCACAACACAGUCAGUAUGGAAACCCUGAUGCAAGUUUUAGACCAAAGCAUGCGGACAGUGGUUACACUGAACAUCGUAGCAGACCUCUCCUAGCCUCCCCGUCUUUGAUUCCGAUGGGAAAAGCUUUGCAGCGUGACCAAGGUUUUAGCAGGCCUAUGGCUCCACAGCCGCCAGACGAAGACUCCAUUCAGAGGAUGCAAGACGAACAGUGGCUGAAAGAUUUCUUGAGGAACCGAGAGAGGACAACAGCCAAGACCUCCAAACCGGCGCAUCCUCAUUCAAGGCAAAAACACCCAAAGGUCUCAGUGGCUCACAUACGAGACACCCUGUACGGUGCCAUACAGCUCGUUUCAAAGCUGUCCAUGGCUUGUGAAACGCUGAAGCACAACUUGGAGAAGGAGAGCGUCUGGGCGGAUUCUUACGCUGAGGCAGUGAGUGUGAAAACAGAUCUGCAAGAGAAACUGAAGGUCCUCGGUGACUCUGAGUUUGUUGAAAGUCUUAAAAAGAAACUGAGUUCCAUCAGUAAGAGAAGGGCCAGGCUACGACGUCGACAAGUGGAACAGGACGAGGACAAACAGAAGGAGGAGGAACGAGUGGCUGAGCGUGAAGCGGUAAUCGACAAGUGGAGGAUGAAGCGUAUCCAUGAAGUAGAGGAGAAGAAGAGGGAGCAAGAGCUGAAGCUGGCUGCUGACACGGUGCUCUGUGAAGUGAGGAAGAAGCAGGCAGAUGCCAAGAGGAUGCUGGACAUCCUCAGGUCACUGGAGAAGCUACGCAAACUCAGGAAGGAGGCAGCCUCCAGGAAAGGGAUCUUCCCGGAGAAAGAAGCCGACCAAGCAUUUGAUGGGCUGGUGGAGCGCCUGCGUGCACUGAUCAGGAAGAGGACAGGGGUGUAUGGGGCAGAGGAGAACGCCCUGCGGGUGAUGCUGGAGAGCGAGCAGGAGGAGGAGCGCAGGAGGGACCUGGAGAAACGACAGAAGAAGGAGAGGGAGAGGCUACUGCUGAGGAAACGAGAGAUGGAUAGCAUGCUCUUUGGAGAUGAGAUGCCUCCUGACCACCCCCUACAGCCCUUCAGACAGUACUACACACAGGCAGAGCGCUCACUACCAGCCUUAAUACAGAUACGGAGAGAGUGGGACCUCUGUCUGGUCUCAGUGGACCACCCAGACGGCACCACGGUCCCCCAGGACUGGGUCUUACCACAAUGCCCCACAGAUGAGAUUUGGGCCACAGCCCUGGACCGAGGGGACUGCCUCGGACCCUGACUGACACCCAUAUUGGCUCUGGAAAGGACUGGUCAUUCGCUAGCAGUGUAUUCAGCAAGUUACUGCAACAAGACCUGCUGGAGAAGUGAAACAGAAGAGUGAAAUUGACUUUUGUUUGAUCAUUUCUGAUUGCCAUUCACAAAAUGUCCACAAGUGACAUAUUGGCUUUCGUUAGGGUAUUUCUACCCUGACAAAAAAAAAUAACAUUGUUCUUAAAAAAAUUCCGGCCAAUCCUUUUUUCUGUAUAUUUUUAUGGUUUUCUUUAAGGAUUUCUAAAUCAGUUCUUAAUUUUACAAACAGCUAUUUGGUAGUUACUCUCUCCAACUGAUAUUUGACUGAAUUGAAACCCUAUUUAUCAGGAAUUCUGUAUUUUCUGAAGUCAAUAAAUAUGUUUUAUUCCUGCCUG